UCGUCUCUUUCAAUUCACAAACCACAACACAACACAACAUCAAGAUCAAGAGUUAACUCAUACAAUAGUUACUUCCCUUUCCAAAAAUCAUAUAUAUAAAAAUGGGAGCUUGUGUUUCACGUGAAACUAUGAGCGGAGACUCGGCGAAGGUUAUAUUGUUCGACGGGACUCUACAAGAGUUCUCAUCUCCGGUCAAAGUUUGGCAGAUCUUGCAGAAAUAUCCGACGAGUUUUGUCUGUAACUCAGACGAAAUGGACUUCGACGACACCGUUUCAGCUGUCUCCGGCAACGAGGAGCUCCGAUCGGGGCAGCUUUACUUCGUUUUGCCUCUGACGUGGCUCAAUCAUCCGCUAAGGGCGGAGGAAAUGGCAGCGUUGGCUGUUAAAGCGAGCUCGGCGUUGGCCAAGAGCGGCGGAGUCGGAUGGGUUCCCGGCGACGACAGUGACAACGGUAAAGUCUACCAACCAAAAAACAUCACCGGAGUUAAAACAAACGCCGGUGGCGGAAGAUGUUACGGCAGAGGAAAGAGGAGAUUUACGAGGAAUCUGAGCACCAUCGCCGAGUAGUAUCAAUUAGUGUCAUUUUGAAAAAAAAAGAGCAAAUUCUCCUACGUAAAAAUUGUAAUUAGGGAUGUUUGACUUUUUAUUAAUGGAGAAAAACAAAAAUUAUCAAAUUAGAUUUGAAUUUUCGCUUUUUUGUUUGUUGCUUUAUCAAUGAUGAUGGGGUUUAGUU